AUGGCUUCAAAGCUAUUCUGUACACUUGGCCGGCUGCUGCAAGGCAUCCAGCUGCAGGCGGUGGUCCGGAGGUCUCCACUUGCAAAGUUCUUGUUCUCCUCCAAGCAGGAGGACGCUAUAUGCAUCGCCAGUGAUGACCUUUUGAGCAUUGAUGAGAGUUCAAAUGAAUCCAUGUUGGGCGACUCUGUGGUGGAGUUGAAUCAAUCAGCUGGUUGCGAUGUGAUGAAAACUGUUCCUGAAACUAGCAGUGGGGCCGAAGUGUGUGGACAUCAUGAUGAUGAUGAUGAUGACUUUCCAGCCGAAACUCGUUCUCAUCCCGCCGAAGUUCCAAGCCACAGAACUUUAUUCACUGGGACGAACCGACCCAUUCCGCCAGGCUGGAGGGCUACUCUUUUUCGCCCUUCAACCUUUUGGAAAAUUCAGAAAACACUGAUGGCAGAACAAAUUGAAGCUGGGUCGCUGAGCUUCUCAGUGGAGGGAGUCCUGGUGCAUCUAGACCUGCUGAAAAGCUCUUCCAGAAGACGUGUUGAGAUUUCAAAUGCUGUGGCAGAGCACCUGACUGGUGGAGUGCUGUGCGACACCAGAAUUCUGCAACAUGGCAGGCUUGUCCGGGUCUCUGCAAACGCCACCUACAUGCUGAACUUGCCUGUAGAAUCAGAGGGCAAUCAAGGACGCAUCCUAUCUCUUGGCGGCAGCACCUUCUUUAAUUUUCUUCUCAAGCAGUGGCAGCCGAUGUCCCGUCUUGGCGCUUACAUGCCAGGAAGGAAUGUGCUGUACUGUUCUUUUACACCUGCAGAUGAUGCGCUUUUUGUCAAAGUUGGAUAUCACGCCUUGGGUGAUGAGAGGAGGGAGUCCAUUAUUCGCUAUGUCGAGAAGAAAACAGAGAGGUUGCGGAUCACAAAUCGUGCUGGAGCUGGGCUUUUUGUGAUGCCAUUGCCAAAAACUCAUGAUUGUUUUGCUGAUCCUGCAAAAGCUGCGGAGGAGUCGCUAAAGUCCGCGAUUCGCUCCAGCUCUCGUUUAGAGGCAAGCCCAAGUAGUCGCAAUGGUGAGCUUGUGUCGUUCAGCGGAUCUUUGGAGUACUAUUUCAUCAAAGCACAACCAGGUGAAGGAACAUCCUUGCAGGCAUUGGUUCAUGCGUUACAAGACUUUACCGGGAACCCGUGUCUCAAGCCUCUUCGGAGUGUUAUGACUCCAGGGCCAUUCAGAGCAGGAAGACGCUUUUUGCAGGAUUGGCGUGGGCCUUAUCAAAACGUCUCAAACUCGACAUUUCCGCUGCCCCGUAUGUCCAACAUGUGCAGCCGCCAGAAAGUCGGAAGAUUUGCUCGGGUCUCCCAUCUCUCAAAAUGUUUGUCUCGAGGGGCUUUGCCAGCUGGAAAACGGCGGCGCAGAGCCCUGUCAUGCCCAUAA